UGAAGUCAAACCUUUCCAUUCGGCUUGCUCUUUUAAAACUAAAAUUAAAAAUUUUAAAUGCCUCUUAUUUAUCUAAGGGGUUUCGAAACGAGCUCUUGCAGUCAAUCUGUGCUGAGGAUGACUUAAGCAGAAAUCUUUUAAAGAGCAACAGUGUGCUGAGAGCCUAAAUGGACAAGAGCUCCACUCUGUUACUACGUGACGGUAAAGUGGCCGCGGCUUUCUCCAUCUCUAUGUUAUCCGUAUGAGUCAACAAAGAGAGCAUCAGAUAAGGCUGGCAGACCAGAGGAGAUGUACAAAACAGCCAUUGAUUUAUAAAAGCCCUAAUCCAAAUGGAUUUGACAUACGCUCAGGUUACUCCAUUCUGGACACAAGGUAAGAAAAAAAACUCACCUUUGAUCAAUCAAAUGCUGCUAGAGCGAUCAAUAAUUUGUUGAUAAGUAUGUGAGCACAAAUGAAUGUAAGGGAUUUUCCAUUAUUGAGCUUUGGAGCACAUGUUAGCAUUGUUGAAUAGCUAUGUUUAAUUUGUCCCUUAGAAAUAUAAUUCAUAAUGAUGCUAUACUGUAUUCUGCUCAAUGAUACACAUUCUUCUAGCUGUACUUACUUAUAAUUUUUCCAAUUGUAUUUAUGUUAUGUCAUUUUUCUUACACUAAGUUUAUUAUUUACUAAUACAGAGCUUAAUUUGCAUUUUGAAUAUACAUGCAAAGCAAUACCCAAAAUGGGCAAAGUCCAUUACUACACAUGUGUACAUGUUUUAGCAGACAGGACUGUCUUACUUGACCAAACAACUCUACAAAAGCAAAUCAUUUCCUAGUAAGCGUGGUGGUGUAACAGUUUUUUACUCUGUUAUAGACUAUAGAGACUCACAUUUUCUGGUAACUGUUAAAUGGACCACUUUUUGGAAAUUUUCUAUACUGUCUAUAAUUUAAUUAUUAUGCAUUUUGAUAAGGAGUUCAGUAAAAACCUGUUAAUUUACAAUGUUUUGCUUACAGAAAGCUGCCAGAGGAAAUAGUUGGCACGCCGCAGUCUGAGCAUCCGUCUAAAAACUCAAAGGAGCAGAAUGACAUCAGCGGUCCUGAUUUCUAACGUCACUCAGGAGUGGGUGGAGAGUCUACGAAGGUGGCAUCUCGAGUUCUUUUUCAUCCCCACCACAGUUGUCACUCUGGCCACCUUGCUGGCCAACCCUGUGCUCCUGAUGUGUAUUUGUCUGACCCGCGCCCUGCGUCGGGAGACACGUUAUCUGCUGGUGGCCAACACCCUGACAGCUGACAUGCUUUUCCUCGUCCUGAACCUUUCCACGGUUAUCUGUAAUGCAGCGAGGGCCCAGAUCCCCUGGCUGCUCUGCGAGGUCAUCACAGCUGUCUCUAUCACCGCCUACUGCUGUGCCAUCCUCACAGUCACACUCAUGGUGGUGGACACCUAUGCUGCAGUUCGCUGGCCUCUCCAUUACCAUGAUAUUUUGCCACCUUCACGCACCCACCGCAUAUUGGUGGGGUUAUGGGUGGUGGCAGCCAUUUACCCUUUCACUCUUGUGAUCUUGAUGGAGGUUAAGAGAGGAAGUCCCCAUGGCAACGUGGCUUUGUGUCUGGCCGUCAUCUCACUCGGCUUUAACCAAGUUGAAGGCACAAUGGGGAUCCACAUCUACUUCUUUGUCGCAGCUCUCGUCUGCACCUUACUCAUUUUUUACUGUUACAUCCGGCUCUACAUGGUCACAAGGACUCAGGGAAUCUGGCAAAACCGUUUCUCCAGGGCCCGGGUCACGCUCUUGGCUCACGGGCUUCUGCUCUUGCUCUACUUCGCCCCUGGCUUUGUUUUCACCAUGGAGCUCUUUCUCUUCCACAGGAGAGAUAUAAGUCAAGAUGUUCGUGUUUGGAUCAGCACAGUCAAUAUGUGUGUUUUUAUGCUGCUUCCAAGGGCAUUUGCCCCGUACCUGUACGGACUCAGGUACAGAGAGAUCUCUGACACUCUAAUGCAGCUGCUGCACCAGCACAGGAGACUCAGCCAGGUCACGGUUUCAUAA